GCUUUGUUGCUCAUUUUGAAAUUGACAAUCAGCUGUUUCGCAAGCAGGCCCACGUGAAAUUUCGAAAUCGAACGCCGGCUUCGAAACCUUCAGUAAAAUUCCAUUUUUGUUUCACUGUUAUGUAGUUCCAAUACGUGGGAACAUUUUAUUUAAAUAUUUGAAUUAAGUUUAAUAAACCAUAAUCAAAUGCACACCAUAUCAAGAAGACUGGUUCAGAAAAUAUCUGUUCCAAUUUUCCGUACGAGUACUCACGCCACGAAACUGAUAAGUACUCAAAAUCAGCAUAGAUAUGAAGACAAAGACCCAGAGACAAAGUUAUUUGGAAAGUUGCUUAUUGGGGCAGCAUCUGCAGGGUUAUUGGCAACAUAUUUCGAUGAAAAGAAGAAGGUUGACUGUAAAGUAGCACAAACAUCUGGUACAUUCAAAGAUGGCUUACCAGAGUACACAAUUGAAGAAGUUAGUAAACACAAUACUCAGGAAUCAAGGAUUUGGGUGACAUACAAGGAAGGUGUCUAUGACAUAACAGAUUUUGUACCAGGACAUCCUGGAGGUGAUCAGAUCCUUAUGGCAGCUGGCAGCUCUGUAGAGCCCUUUUGGGUUCUUUAUGGCAUACAUGAGAAUCAGCAUGUAUAUGAUAUAUUGGAAAAAUAUAGAAUAGGUAACUUGGAUAAACAUGAUGCUCAGACUUUCACACAAAACAUGGAAGACCCUUAUAGUAGCGAUCCAAAAAGACAUCCUGUAUUGAAACCUGCCAGUGUGAAGCCAUUCAAUGCUGAGCCUCCUCCCUCCUUGCUGGUGGAGAACUUUAUAACACCUAAAGAACUUUUUUAUGUAAGGAACCAUUUGCCAGUACCCAACAUAGACGCUGAGCAGUACAAAUUAGAAAUAGAAAUUGAAGGUGCGAAAAAGACGGUAUCGCUCUCUCUUGACGAUCUAAAGAAGAUGCCGAAAAAAACGAUCACAGCUACUAUUAUGUGUGCUGGAAAUAGGCGAAGCGAAAUGGUCAAGGUCAAGACAGUAAAAGGCUUGAACUGGGGUCCAGCUGCUGUUGCAAACGCCACUUGGACGGGUGUACCUUUACGCGAUGUCUUGAAAAAUGCAGGACUUGAUCAAUUUGACGACAAAUAUAAACAUGUACAGUUUGAGGCAGAAGACGUAGAUGCGACAGGAAAGAACUAUGGUGCCUCCAUUCCUAUAUGGAAAGCUAUAGAUGAAAGAGGUGACGUUUUGCUAGCAUACGAGAUGAAUGGAGCACCAUUGCCGAGAGAUCACGGUUAUCCUGUCAGAGUUAUUGUCCCAGGGGUAGUUGGAGCUAGAAACGUCAAAUGGUUAGCCAAAAUUGUAAUAUCUGAGCACGAAAGUACAUCACAUUGGCAACAGAACGACUACAAAGGUUUCUCCCCAUGUACAGAUUGGGAGGAUGCAGAUUUUACCAAAUCUCCUGCCAUACAGGAAUUACCUGUCACUUCUGCAAUCUGUAAACCGUAUGAUGGUGACACGAUCGACGUUGUAGAUGGAAAAAUACUCAUUAAAGGUUAUGCAUGGUCUGGGGGUGGUCAAAAAAUUGUCAGGGUAGAUGUAUCUGCAGAUGGUGGAAAAACCUGGCAUGUUGCCAAUGUUGACGCGCAAGACAGUUCUGAACCGCCAAGACAUUGGUCAUGGACUUUAUGGUCCGCCAACAUUCCUGUCGACAACAAAUCGAAAACGGUAGGUUUUGCAGAUAUUAUGGUUAAAGCAGUUGAUUCGUGUUACAAUACUCAGCCAGAAAAUUUUGAACACAUAUGGAAUAUUCGAGGAGUUUUAGGCAACGCUUAUCAUAAGAUUAAAGUGAACCUUAAACAGUAAACAAAAUAUGAUGUUAGCAUUACUGUGAUCUGGAAUUAUGGCAUCAGAAGAAAAAAUUUAUAUUGCCUUUUGUGAAUGAAUUGUGUGUAUUUUUUAUGAUGUUUUCUAUAAAAUAAAAUGGGAUCAAGGUCACUUAGUAUCCUAAAUAAAAUUAA